ACUCGUUACAGUAAGAACGGGAAACACGAGAGAAAAAAAACAGCUUUCCUACCUAACAUAUGCUGUCAAAGUUUUUCAGACUGGGUGUUUACUACAGUUUGGACUGAAGUUAAAUGGGGUGAACACGUGUGUGUUUAUAUAGAAUAUGUCAGGAUUUCUUAGUAACCAACAACACCACUGUUUUAAAUCAAAACGGUUUCACUCGCGUCCUUUUUUCUCCUGACAUUUUUCUUUAUGACUUUCCCCCGUUUUUUUCCUCCUUAAACUUGGGCAGAACUGAACCUCUCCAGGGCUUUUAGGGAAGUAGGUUGGUGUGUCCGCUGACGUGCGGUGUUGUAGAGUUUCCUCAGAAAGUGACUGGAAUAUGUGAAGGGAGAGGCGGAGAAAUGUGCUGCCUCAUCCUUUAUCAGCAGCGCCGUGAGUCAGCAACAGCCCCAGCACAGACUCGCCUGACCCCACUUCUCUCUUUACUUUACCUCUGAUAACGACCGGCAAGGACACGAACAUGGCAGCAGUCACACUGUCUUUGUAAUUAGUUUGUAUCCGUGUAUUAAUUUUUUUAAAAAAAAAUAUAUAUUAAACAAUGAUAGGAGAUCCCAGGUUUCUUUCAUUGAGGCGUUAGUUGUUUAUACCCUGACGGUGUUUAUGUCUCAGGAACUCGGUCGCUCCCUGCAGGAUUGUUCUCUUAUCUUACAUGUAAUUUCCUCUUUCACUAUGAUGUAGGUGUAAUUUAGCAUGACAAUGUCGAGCUGCAAGACUUCAGAGUUCACGUUCCAGUCGUCUGUGCACAGUACGCAUGUACUACGCUGUCUGGAUGAGCAGAGGCAGAAGGACCUCCUGUGUGAUGUGACGGUGGUGGUAGAGAACCGCAGUUUCAGGGCUCAUCGCUCGGUUCUUGCCUCCUGCAGUGAAUACUUCAGCGCCCGCAUGACCAACCACACAGGCCAGGGACUCAUCAUCAAUUUGCCUGAGGAAGUAUCGACUGAAGGAUUUGAACCCUUGCUGCAGUUUGCAUACACCUCAAAACUGCUCUUCACCAAAGAGAAUGUGUUGGAGAUCCAUAACUGUGCGACUGUUCUGGGCUUCAAAAACUUGGACAAAGCCUGCUUUGACUUCAUCUUGCCCAAAUUCUUUGACAGCAGCAAAGGUUCAUCGAAGGUCCAGAGGAAUCAAUGCUGCAAGACCAAAUGCUGGAAAGCCAAGGUUGAAUCAAGCUUUAACAAUGAUGGUGCUAAUGAUACUGGUGAUGUAUCAUCAGCAAGUCAGCCCUUGAAGAAACAGGAGCCAAACAUCUCCUCAAAUCUCAGUGAAAAUGCAGCAAGAAGCUGUAGCCCAUGUCAAGUAGAAACUGAGCCAGAUACAGAAGCAGAGUCAGACUACUCCUCACUUUGUCCAAAAUACCGCAAGUUUCAGCUCGCUUGUGGGAAAGGCCAGUCUUACACAGACACAGAACCAGAGAACACUGAGAGUACCUGCUCUCUAAACUGCCUGCCUUGCUCCAGCUUUGAAACAUGUGAGUCUGCAGAUACUGUGUCUGUCAAAACCUCAACAGGAAUCACUGAGGAGGAUACUAUGUCCAUUUGCUGCACAUUAGCAAAGCAAUCUCCAGUUGAAACACCUCCAAGUCAUUGCUCAGGCAAGACAUCUCCACAGAUGUGUCCAAAGACUGCAUCCUGUAGCCAAGGAGGUUCUUUCCUUCUUCCUCCUCCUCCUCCAUCAGCUGGUGAAGUGGUUGAACAUUCUUCUGUGCGUGUCAUGGGAAAAGACUGCACAGUAUCAGAUUGUAGAACUGGAACUGUUUGUCUGAACCCAAGAAACGAGCAAAGGAGCAGUGUGGAGAUGGAGGUGGCCAACCAACUCAGCACCUGGUCCGACAUUUGCAGUUCUCGUGGCUCAGAGCCUGCUUCAGCACAUGGCCAAGGCAUGGUAAUGAAAAGCUCAGAGCUACAAUGGCUAAAACAGCUAGAGUGUCCCUUUCUCAGGGAUUUGGGUGCAGUGAAUGCUCAGGUGCGAUGCAGUGAGGUGACAUCCCGCUCAGAGGAGUGUUCCUACAUUUCCUCCAUUCAUUCAGGAGAGGACUCUGACAGCUUUGAUACUGAGGGGGACAGUGAGUCCUGCACCAGUGAGCAAGCAAGUCUGCUUCUUGCACAGAUGCAGCUGCCAUUUUCUGUGGAGGGCAUCGUAUCGCUGAGCCGCAAUGACUUCCAGCAGAUGUUGAAGACGCAGCGGCUGACACGUGAACAGCUCGAUUUUGUGCAUGAUGUACGGCGCCGCAGCAAAAACCGUAUUGCUGCUCGUCACUGCCGCAAGAGGAAACUCGAGUGCAUCCACAACCUGGAGUGUGAAAUUGAAAGACUGCGGUGUGAGAAAGACAAGCUGAAGACUGAGAAGCUGCAACUGGACCAGAUGAGGCUGAAGAUAUGGGAGAAUUACUCAGUUCUGUAUGACAGGCUGUGUGCUGAGGCCAAACUGCAGCCUGAGCAGCUACAGGUGUUUGCCAAGUAUACCUCUCUGGCAGAAUGCCCUUUCUCUACCCACCUGUCUACCAAAGCGCAGCUUUACCACUGCUGUGAACCUGAGCUCCAGCCCUUAGCAUCAUGCAUUGGCACUGACACUUGCAUCUAUGAGCCUGGCACCUCCACCAGAUCUGCCAACACUCAGAAUCAUGCAGCUUCAGAUCUCCGAUCUACUGAACCUCCACACACAGGGAACAGAGAGACCAUGUCCAUCUCUCCAGACCAAAUCGGUAAACUUGAAACAAAUAAAUUAUAAGGUGCUUCCUUUUACAUUGUUUGUAAAUCAAGAACUGUGCUUGAAUUUUUUUUUGUUUACUAUAUGAAUCAAACAUUUAUUGUUGACAAUCAGUUUAUUAGAUUAGAUCAGUGUAUUCAAGUCUUUUCUCUUUAUGGUUGUAUGUUGCUUCUCUUAUGUAUGAAGGUAAGGUUUGUUUCUUAGUGUUCUAUGAACUUUUUGGUGAACCAAAUUAUAUUUUUUAUACUUCUAAGGUAGGUUCCGCAUAAUUAUACUCCCAUGGACUUUUUGACCAUCACUUCUUGACCAUCCUGAUCAUUUGAGUCCUGAAGAGGUAAUUAAAGAUAUUGUAUUACAUAUGGAGUAUAUAGCAUUAAUUAUGGCUGAGGAGCAAGGUGUACAGAUGGCCCAGGUAUAUGUGAAUUUUAGGAUGAUUUUCUAAUGUACAUUUUUAUGACAAUCAAAACCUGGGCUACAUAAACUGCUUCAACUAACUAUGUUAUUGGCACAGUUUUGUCUUAAAGCAAAUGUAAUUGUAACAGGCCAUUACAGGGUGAAACAUUUAUAAUAUUUUUUUUCCUCUCAAAUAUCAAUAUUUUAACCUGAUAGUUUUGAUUAUGUUGUUACCUCUGCGGUUUUCUUGCAAGGGGCCAUAUUAUUUCAUUUGUCUUACAAGACAACUCAAUAAAUUGUUUGAACUUUUUAACUUCA